AUGAACCGUAUAUCUCCUUUAAAUCUUGAAAAAUUGACCCAAGAGAAUCUUGAUGAAUACAUUUUUACUCUAUAUUCAGAGAAUGCACCGCAAAGUCGAUUAGGGUAUGUGAACAAAAAUGCUGACCUUGUCACAAUAACACUUCCAGAAUCGCACAUAGACUUGCAUAUCCAGCAAUCCAUUUCACAAUUGUCUUCGACUAAGGAAACAACAAGCACCACUGGCUUUGUAUGUUGGAGUUCAUCAGUUCAGUUCUCGGAUUGGAUAUUGUCAGGAAACUCUUCAUCGCCCAUCAAGUUGAGCAAAUCAGACACAGUGCUUGAGCUUGGGUCCGGUGUUGGAGGUAUUUGUGCAGCAACAUUGUCAGGCAAAGUAGGUCAUUAUAUCGCGACAGAUCAAAAGCAUGUACUCAAGUUACUUUCAAGCAAUUUAGCAAAUAACCUUGACGGGUUUGAAAGUUCGACUAUGAAUUCAGAUUUGCCUACAACACUCAAAAAAUCAUCGCACAUCAAUGCAACCGCGAAUACCGAAACCAACAAACAUGAAAUUAGAAAUAAAACCAAAAGAAAUAAUAAAUACAAAAAUAACAGAAUCGACGUUGUUGAGUUUGAUUGGGAGGACCUUGAGUUGGGUCUAGACAGAUUAGGUCACACCAAUCACGAUGAAAUUAAUAUAAUCAUUGCUUGCGAUACUAUUUAUAAUGAAUACUUAAUCACACCGUUUAUAAAUGCUAUAAAGGCGUUGCUCACGCAAGAGCAUACAAUUGCCCUUAUAACGGUCCAAUUACGCGAUGCCAUAACAAUGGAAACUUUUGUAACAAGAUUAGUAAACGAUACAUCGUUAGUCAUAUCUGUGUUUAAACGACAUCUACUUAGCAAAGACUUAAAAAAUGGAUUCGAGGUCUAUCAUAUCACGCGACGCAUAGAGUGA